AUGGCAGAUAAAACCACCGUCGACAACCCCGAGGUAGGAACACUAGAUACGUUUUUAUCGCAAAAUAAGGCUGAAAAUACGGUAGAAAAUACAGGUCAAAACGAAAUAAACAGUACUAAACCUGAUAAAGCAAGCCCAGAAACGGACGAAAAUACUCUGUCUGUCUCGACAAACGACCCAUCCUCUCGUCCCAAAAGAUCAGUAAAACCCACCGAAAAGUCUAUCGAAAACAGGGUUCAGUCUGAUCACUCAAAACUUGACAAAUUGUGGCGAAACACGUCAACUGCUGUGGGCAAAUUGCAAGAAACACCCGAUUCGCUAAAUCAAAUAAAAUCCCAUACGUCAGAAGUACGUUCGCUAUUCCACGAGUACCACACCGUUUCUUUGUCGCUCUUAGAGUUUCUCGCUAACCUCAGCGACCCCAAACACCAAAAAGAAUACGAAACAUUGCAUAAACUCGUAAAUAAUCGUAGCGAGUACAUUCAUACAGUAAUAAACGAAGCAAACGAGCGGAAAAAGGAACUUUUGCUUGAAAUUAACUCUGUCCACCAUUCCCGAAUUUCCUGUAGUUCUCGCAGCUCCGCAACAUCCUCCACCGCCGCUCGAGCUCUUGCAAGAGCUGAGGCUACAGCGGCACUAAAGAAGGUAGAAAUGCAAAAAUGGCGAUCAUUGCGAGAGUCCCAGUCUGCCAUGGAAAUACAACAACAAGAACUUGCCCUUGCCCAAAAGAAAAUGGAAGAGAAAUCCCGAAUGGAAAGUUUACUAUUAGAAGAAGAAGCAGCAGUCGCCGUUGCUAAAGCUCAGGCAAUAGAUAAAGAACUGAGCCUCGUAGAUCAUGAAGAUCCUGAACACUUUGACCUACCCCAAGACGAUCCUGCGGAAAGGGUCCAAAACUAUAUAAAUUCGCAACGCUUCGAAGAAUCUAACAUUGGCCAAGACUCUAGUCCCCCGGUUCCAAAUCAUGUCAUUGGUCCACAACUCCCACAGAAUGCCAACCAUCCUAAUCGAGAAAAACCACCCAACCGAAGACUAGACCCGGCGGCCAACUCGUUUAUCCCUCAACCACAGAACUCUGGGACAGACCCCAGUACAAAUGCUAUAAGCUCUUACAUCCAAUUCAUGGCACGCAGAAUUACAGUGUGCUAAGAACGACGGCGGAUACAGAGGCCUCAGAAUCCUCGACGAGCCCGCUUACAUUAAACCUGUCAUUGCGAAGCUCCCUGGCGAUAUCCAAAGCAGAUGGCAAAAGCACGCCUUUCGAUAUAAGAAACAACACGCCGAGGUGGACUACCCCCCAUUUUCCGAGUUUGUCACCUUCAUCCAGGAGUUGUCCCUCGAAAGAAACGAUCCUAACCUGAUCAUAGAGAUUCCCGAGAAGAAGAACACAGGUAUGCGAAACCCGAGCUGGCGACAAGAAAUUAGUGUAAAAAAGAAAUGAGAUCGAGGCCCAAGAUUGCAGAGUCGGACACGAUCCCCCACCUCGUAACCCUACGAACUGGUGCAUUGUCCACCACAAAGGGCACCCAUUAAGCAAGUGUAGAGCUUUCCAAGCCAAGCCACUCGAUGAAAGAACCACAAUACUAAGAAAGAACAGAGUAUGCUUUCGCUGUAUUGCAUCGUGCGAUCACCUCGCGAAGGACUGCAAGGCCAAGGUCGUGUGCACCGAAUGUGGAAGCAACAAACACCUCGCCGCACUACACGUUGACGGUGAGCAAAGGCACGGCGGGGAGCAGGUAGCAAAUAAAGACCAAUCCGAUGAUGGCGCUAACCCUCGACAAAACCAGCACGCGGGAGAGAUUACAACCAAAUGCACCGAAAUAUGCGGGAACUCCCCCGGUGGGAAAUCAUGUUCAAAAAUCUGCCUAGCCAACAUAUACGUCACCGGACAUCCAGAAACCAAAGUGAAGGCGUACGUGGUAAUCGAUGAUCAGAGUAACAGUUCUCUAGCAAAAUCCGAACUGCUCGAUCGCCUAAACGUUCACGGUCAAGCAACCUCGUAUUCGCUUAGAACAUGCGCCGGAACAACUCAGAUUCGAGUCAGUACGAAUAAAAGUCAGUACGAAUAA